GUGUGCAGCGUUGGGACAGGUUGAAGUCGCGUCCAGCGUACUGGUACCAAGGUGAGCCGGUGGAGCAAGCAAGGCAGGAGUGAGGAUCUAUGCGACCUGUGGUGUGAUCAAUUAGACUUGUGUAUUCACUGACUAGAGGGGUCCUUCUGGAACUUUCACUUGAUUCUUCCAGUGACAGCAAGUCUCGAGGACGUGGGAAAAAGCAGUAUCGGCUAGCACUGACGUCAGAGGGCACGUACAGUCCCAGCGUUGAAUAUUCGAACAGUUUCGUCCUGGGAGGACUCUGGGCUUGUGGCAUCCUGGUCGGCUGCUGCAACAAAACCCCUGAACAGCGGGAGGUGGUCACGUGUCGUGUCUGGUCAGGAGAGCCAGCCCAGCCCGAAAUGAUGUCCGCGGGGAUACCCCUCGCUCGUCCCACCAUCAGCCAUGUCAGAUGCUUUCGAUGUCAUCCCAUUCGACGACAUCAAGGGUAAGUGGAAGAAGCUGGGGUCUGGCUCAUUCGGCAACGUCUACAGAGGCUCCUACCUCGGCAUCGAGGUCGCGAUUAAAGAGGUCCUUCCCUCGAACAGUUAUAACGUAGCCAAGUACUUCGAGAGAGAAUGGAGACUCAUGAAGGAAUCGCGCCAUCCAAACGUUGUCCUCUACCUGGGCCUUUCGCGUGCACCUCCCCCAGACGGACGCAUCUUCAUCGUAUCCGAAUACAUCGAGAACGGCAACUUGCGCAUGUACAUAGUCGACAAAACCAACCCGUUCCCAUGGCGUCUCCGCAUAUCCUUCGCCACGGAUAUCGCGCGCGCAAUCGCAUACCUUCACGCCCGCAAAUGCAUCCACCGCGAUAUCAAAGGUGAAAACCUCCUCGUCACAACCAACGGUCGUCUCAAGAUCACCGAUUUCGGGUUCGCACGUAUCGCAGCACGCAACGCUGAGGAGAGCAAACGGUUGACGUUUUGUGGAACGGAUUCGUACAUGUCACCCGAAAUUCUGCUUGGCAAAGAGUUUGACCUCCCAACGGAUAUUUUCUCGAUGGGUGUUAUAUUUUGCGAGAUUGCGGCGAGGAAGGUGGCUGAUGAGGAGCACUUCGCGAGGACCGGCUCCACGUUCGGUAUAGACCCGGACGAGGUACGAAGACUGGCAAAUCCAGGAUGUCCGCCGGCAUUCCUCGCACUCUGUCUAGACUGCAUAGCCAACGAUCCCGCCGCCCGACCGACAACUCGCGCCAUCCUCGACCGUCUGAGGGACAUCGAAGCAGAGGUGUUGUCACGACCUGAAACAGAAGAUCUACAUUUAGGCAGCGUUAAGUUUAUGUCGAAAGGGAAACGACGGGGAGUCGCUCCUCGAAUACCCAGUUUCGGGAUGGAGAUUGGUAAAGGUAUCGGCGGACAGACGUCUGUGUUUUUGGCGGAGGAGGUCGUUGCAGUACCAUCGAGUGCCGAAGAGAGUACGAGCGAAGAAGAGGCUGUAAAGGCGAUACAGAACGCUCCCAUCAGCGUCGAGUUGAGUGGUGACUCUUGUGGGGCCACCAAUGGAGACAGCGAGAACAGCGUGCAGCCCCUACUGAACACGUCCAGCAGCUACACGGAUCUCCCGAAGAGUGAUGGUACCAACCUCGUUCAUACCAUCACUCCCUCCUUGUCGUCUGUCCUCACGAUCAAGCCAAUGCAAGAUCCAAAUGCCACUCCCGACCCCUUACCCCCUGAUAUCACAUCCUCAUCUCCACCUGACAGCUCCGUGAUACCACUAGAACCGACGCACUCCACACACUCCAUCCAGACGAACUACACCUACCGCACUGCGCAUACUUCCACCCCCUCCAUUGCAGUGGCCACGAGAGGCCACUCGUCCAUCCAGGCCAUACACACGCUACACCGAUUUACGCUGAUCAAACCCGGGGCGAAACGAGCUCCCAAUGCCACAUCGUCCCCAGGAGGAGGGGGGUGGAAUCCGCUGGAGAUACUGUUUGGGAAUGGACUGUUGGGAUAUAAAUGCGAUAUAUGCAUGAAGCGGAUCGGGUGGAAGCCUAUUCUGGAAUGUGAUGAUUGUGGUCUUCGGGCACACAUGAAAUGCGGAGAAGUCGCUCCACGAGAUUGUGGGAUCAGGAUGUUACGUUCGAUGUAUCAGCAGCAGCAACAGCAGGGUGUACAAACGGGUUCGGGUCCGGGUCCGGCAUCCCCGACGGGCAAGGUAGUAGUAAGACAGAAUGAUGCAUUGGGCGUGAAGUGGGUGCCUUCGUCGGUAGUGCGGUGAGAGUGUACAUCCGGAUUCUUUUCUAUUCUUUUGUUUCUUCGCGAUCACGGACAUUCGUAUACAAUUUUUUUUGACGUGGCGCCAAAAAAAGACGGAAUCAGAGUUCAUCUCGACGGAGAAGAUGCGGUACUCGC